UUGGAGGAGGAUGCGAACAGUGUAACGUUGGUUAUAAAGUAAAAAAAUAAAAGGCACAGGAUCUCCUACUACCAGAUAACAUAUGAAGCGGAAGGGCAGACAAACAGUGACGUCAGCUUCCGGUCCUGCGCACUAGAUCUAUCCACCGACAUGGCGCUGGCUAAGUCCGUCUACAAUCUGCUCUUCAGGAGAACGUCCACUUUCGCCAUAACCAUCAUGGUCGGAGCAGUCUUCUUUGAAAGACUUUUCGACCAAGGUGGGGACGCGAUUUUUGAGCAAAUGAAUCGUGGGAAACUAUGGAAACACAUCCAACACAAUUACGAGAACAAAGCGGAAGAAUAGGACACCGCGGGGUUACCCAGGGCUGAAGUGCUACUGUUGUCACACUUCCAUCAUCCAUUCUUCCUGGACUCCAUAACUUUACGACUGAACCUCGCACAUCAACGUGGACAGUGUUCUUCAAGUCAAUCUCCGGUGUGACCUGCGGCCGCUGACUGUCCAGACCCCCCCCCGAAGAAGGAGCGAUGGUUCCUGUCACCACCUUUCUUGCUGUCCUGUGUAAAGCCUUCGUUCUCCCCACUGAUAGUAAAUUGUUAAAUUAAAAGUGUUAAUGUCAUACAGA